UUAUGUUGAGCUCUCGAUUGUGUAUGUCAUCGCCUGCUGCUAGAAGGGAAGAAGGUCUCCUCGGUACACGGGCCAGCAGUUGAUCGGAGCCGAUAGAACUGGAAGUUAGUUGAGUUCAGCGCUUCAAGGCGAGCGGAAGCAGCUCCAGAGACUUACGAAAAGCCCAAAGAACCCGAACCUUAAUGUGGUAGCAUAAGUGGGAGUAGGCGGUGAAGGACUUUGGAAACUUUCUCAGGCUUUCGGAUGAUGAGGAUCACUGUAUGAUAACGAAGAGAGAGAUUAGUGAUUAACAACAACGUGAACGCGGUGCACUUGUUUUUUGACAGAGCGAUAACACACGAGACAAUGAGAUGAGGACUUGCUCCGAUUAGAUUACGGGAAAUUAAAGUGAUCCAAGUGAACGUUGCGUGAGAAUUCGAUCGAAAAUGGUUGCCGAGUGACGGUCGACAAGAGUUACAAGAAGCGUGUGUGUGUUGAUCGAAAGUGCGAGUGCGAUCGAGUUGAAUCGAACCUAAAGGACUUAAUUGAAAAGUGCCGGCCGAAAAGAACACUUUCAAAAUGAUGUUGGAAAAUAUCGACUUCGAUCUCUCCGAGUGUACAAGUCGCAUUUCGACCACCUUCUCGCUGAACUCAGCCGGCAGGUCACCGGCUAGCCGCCUGACGGAACAGCGACAGCGCAGCGUUCAGCGCCGGCUGCACAUUGCACCGCUCCGUAUGGACAACAAGUUCCUAGGAUCGCCGGGCAAGGAGAAUCUGCCGACCGAGGAGGAGCUCUCGUUCUACCAUGGCAACAGCCCCCAAGCCAGCCCUCGGCCAUGCAGCCCAUGCGACUGCCCCGAGGACACCACCGAGCUGCUCCCCUCCGAGGUCACCCCGAACAAACAGACCAUCAUCAGUGCGACCUUGCUCGAGGGCACCGGACCGGGAAGCGCCAACCGGCUGCGACGACCCCUGGAAGACUAUGACCCCAACUCGAUGGACUCCGGCUAUGGCGCGAGCGUAUCCAGCGAAGGCCACAAGAGUCAAUCGCUGUUUCGUUUCAUCCAGCCGUCCGCUCCCCGUCAGAAUUCGACCGCCGUUUCGCCAGCUGCCAACCCGAUGCGGAUCUUCCACAGCCUCUCAUCCGGCUCGAUGGAAUCCAUGGACGACAUCGACAUGGAGCUGUUCGAGAUGGACACCCUGGACGAUAAUGCUCAACUGCCCAGCAAUCUCAACUCGCUGAUCUGCGGGGACAUCAAAGCGACCAAGACCACCCCGGAAGCCAAGCGGCCAUUCUUCCGACGUUGUCUGAGCCUCUCAGAAAACCCAAUCGCUCGACGCGCCAAGUCCAAUCUCAUCUUCGGAUCGCCUGUCGCAAGCAGCUACCAGUCGCCUGCCAAGACCCCGGAGCGCCUGCGAGCUACUCCGGACAAAGAAAACCUCAGCAUAACUCCAUUCGCCUCCCGACCAGACCCAACACGCUGCUUCAAACGUCCGGAACCACCGGGAAUCAGCCCCAUUCAAAGCAAGCGCCACAAAACCGAAGUUCUUACCCCAGUCAGCUCGUUGCGCACCGUAGAACCCUCUCCACGUGACAGCCCCUCCCUCUUGACCGUACCGUCGAAGCGACCGAUCCUGCAAAAGUCCAUCUCCAUGAACGAUGCCCACAUCAUGAGUGCCCUCUCGCGGUCCUCCACGGAGCCAGACCUCAUCGGGGACUUCAGCAAGUCGUACGUGCUGCCCCUGAUCGAGGGCCGCCACCGGGACCUGAAAUCCAUCACGCCGACCAUCAUGGCCGAACUGCUGCGCGGUACCUUCGACCAUCAGAUUGCCUCGUUCAAGAUCAUCGACUGCCGGUACCCGUACGAAUUCGAGGGCGGCCACAUCCGAGGCGCCAAGAACCUCUACACCCAGGAGCAGAUCCUGGAAGAACUGAUCAAAAGCAAGACUGAACCGCCCACGGUGGCGGAAUCCUCCGUCGCCGAAGCACCCCUGAAGCGCCACAUCAUCGUGUUCCACUGCGAGUUCUCCUCCGAGCGGGGGCCUAAGCUAUCUCGCUUCUUGCGCAAUCACGAUCGGAUCCUGAACUCGGACAGCUACCCGGCGUUGCACUAUCCGGAGAUCUAUUUGCUGCACGGCGGCUACAAAGACUUCUUCGCCCUGCACCCGGACCUGUGCGACCCGGUAGCCUACCGGCCGAUGCUGGAUCCGCUGUUUGGGGACGCGUAUCGGCACUUCCGGUCCAAGAGCCGCAGCUGGAACGGUGGCGAUGUGGUCAGAGGGUCGGCCAUGGCCGGUCCCGGCCCCAGUGGGUCCGGCGGACUGGGAGGCGGUGGUGGCGGCGGCGGCGGUGGUACUCGACUUGUCAAGUCCCGCUCGAGGUUGGUACUGUGAGAGGCGUUAGACUGAUUCAGGAGGCCCCCACUUCCGCUUUAGAUGCCGACUUUUCUUGUUAGUUUAUUUUUUGUAGGGAAGUUCAAAGAAGUGAACAGUUUUUUUUGUUUGUUUAUUGAUUUUAUUUUUUACUUAUUUUAUACGAGAAAAUGCUCCUUCGAGCAAAAUUAGACAUUUUCCGUUUAGUUUUUUGAAAACUUUUUCUUUGAUUUCUUUUAUAAGAUCAUUUUUAGUUUGUUCAGCAACUUCUUUUCGGCAAUACAGAACGUUCCGGGAGGCACCAGUAAUAGUAGUAGUGGUAAGGAGAGAAAGAGACGUAAAUUAGCAGCGAACAAAUUAACGAAAGUUGUAUUUUCGCCCUAUAUUUUACGCAUUCAAUAGUUUAGGAAGUUUUUUUUUGUUUGUUAUCCACAUAUUUUAUCUGUGAUUUAGCCUUUUUCUUGGAUUUGAAUUUAACGAGGAUUUUAACGAUACUUUUAUUUUCUAUUGAUAACGAAAAAGCGAGAGAGAAAAAGAGACGGGGCAUACACUGAAACAAAAAUGCAAACUUUUAGAGAGAACGAACCUUAGUAGGCCAAAUUAGUCAAGACUUAUGCAAAAUUCAACCGAACCGAACAAUGCAAAAAUACGUUUGGCAGUUAGACUGAAAGGAGCAGUUACGUGACAACUUUCCUUGUAAAACAAUCUUAUUGAACAAUCACCUUUGUAGAAAAUUUGUAUAAAUAUAAAAAAUCGGUAAAAAUAACCCCGUUUCUUGCAAACUCAACUGUACAUUUAAACACGAGACACGAGCAUCGAGACAACGCAAGCCCAAUGAACUAUCGCAUAGCCUCUAAGACACACCUUUAAAAUCUAUUGUUUUUCCCCCUCUGGAGAGAAUCUUUUUAUAUGUACCCUACACAUAUUCUUCUCUUCGACUAUACCGACUUUUAACCCAAGGUGAAAAAGUGCAAAUUAAAGCUAGGUAAUAUUGUGUGAAAAUGUGUUCGUGUGUAUGCGUGUGAGAUCGUCGCUAUGGAAACACACGAUCCGCAGGGCCUGCUAUGAUUCCGACAAACAUUUUCAAACUGUACAAUGCACUCCUAUUGGAUCAAACUAUUAGCGUCUAAAAGACUAUUGCAGCCCCAAAUCCAUUGUCCUAGACAAAACAACCCCCUCUUUUCGAGUCGGAACUGGCUGAGCUCCUGUUGGUCGCGUUUCGCAAAGCGAUUUCGUAUAUUCUCUCUUUUUGUGUGUUCAGUUUGUUUUAAAACUAGCGAAAGUUGACGGAUGAGAGUGAGAGAGAGAACGGGUGUGAGUGAGCAAAGAAUGAAAAUUCAAAACAAUCGAUUUCGACUGAAUUUUAAGAUGUGUAUAAAGCGAACACAUAGAUUAAUAUAUAUUUAAAAAAAAGUAACCGUAACGAAUGCGACGUUUUUUUACAAAUUAUAAACAACGAAAUAAGUGCAAAAAUAGCUUGAUACCCUUAUUAGUGUGUAAGAAAAAGCGAGAGAUAAAGACGUAAAAAAGGAAGAAAAAAAAACAAAAAAUUACUAGCAGCCGAAUUGCUGCGUAUAAAUUAAUAUUAUUUUCGGAUAUAGUCUCGUUUAGAGUGUAGUAAAUGGACCAGAUUUUAAUUUAUAUUGUCACUGUAUAAAAAAACGAGGAACGGGGUGUAGAAUCAUCCUGUGUCCGAUGCUAAGACUGUACAUAUAACGCAUUUCUUUUCUAUGAAAAAGAUUUCAGCACAAGUGCACAACGCAAGGCCGUUGUCGGGCGGUCGAGUCUCUGGACUGAAAAUAAAGAAAACACGUUUUUAAAAAUUA